UGGAGUACCCAAAAAAAAGUAAUACCAUUUGGCAUAGUAUUGCUCUUGCUUUUGGAUAAUCAUUGGAGUUUAAAAGGUGGUGAACACGUGAAAGCUGGAUUCUUUCAAGGCAUCUUCGAAUGCUGACCCCAGCCCCAGAGUGUGCUUCUUCGUUCACAACACUUCACUCAUUAACUUUUCAUUCUCCGAUACGCCACUCGCUUCAUAUGCAAGCACAGCCUGAAUCCUCUAUAGAUCGAAACUGUUAAGUUUCGACAAACUCGACACAAGGACACCAUCAACAUCUUGAAGAGCUCGCUGUGUUGUUCGUUCCUUUUGGCCCCUUCAACGAAAUUGUACUAAUCUAAGAUUUGCGAUUUUUUGUUCAAAUUAAAAUGUCCAUGGAAGCUCAACAGAUUCUUUCCAGAUUCUGUCCAAAACCAUCUUCAGUGCCAUCUAUUCCAAUUGUGAAACAACAAUUCUCUCCAAAGUUCCCUCUUUUACCUUCUUCAUCGUUGUAUACUUCUAGUCAAUCUCAGAAUCUCAAUGUUCCCAGUGGAGCUUCCCAUCCUAUCAGCAUUGUGCACAAAGAAGUGUGUUCUAGUUCUUGGAAGAGGAUAUGGUGCAGCAGCAGCAGCAGCAGCAGCAGCAGCAGCACUGCAGAACCAAAGGAGGGCCAUGAGGUGAGGGCUCAGAUCACCGUGCGAAGGAAAAAGCUAGCAGUUUUCGUUUCUGGUGGAGGAUCCAACUUCAGAGCAAUUCAUGAGGCCUCCAAAAGGGGAUCACUUCAUGGAGAUGUUCUUGUGUUGGUCACAAAUAAAAGUGAUUGUGGAGGUGCGGAGUAUGCAAGAAAUAAUGGUAUCCCAGUUAUACUGUACCAUAUAUCAAAGGAUGAAUCUAAUCCAAGUGACCUUGUUGAUACACUAAGGAAAUUUGAGGUUGAUUUUAUUCUUUUAGCUGGAUACCUCAAACUUAUACCAGUGGAAUUGAUCCGAGCUUACAAAAGAUCUAUAUUCAACAUUCAUCCAUCACUUCUUCCAGCUUUUGGAGGCAAGGGAUUCUAUGGCAUGAAAGUGCACAAAGCAGUAAUUGCUUCUGGAGCAAGGUUUUCAGGUCCUACCAUUCAUUUUGUUGAUGAACACUAUGAUACAGGGCGUAUCCUUGCACAGCGUGUUGUCCCUGUGCUUGCCAAUGAUACUGUAGAAGAGCUGGCUGCAAGGGUUCUCAAAGAGGAGCACCAAUUAUAUGUGGAGGUGGUGGAGGCUUUAUGCGAAGAACGUGUGGUUUGGAGGCAAGAUGGUGUUCCUCUCAUCCAAAGCAAAGAAAACCCCAAUGAGUUUCGCUGAUUAUCAUUUAUAUGGGGAUUUUGGUUGGAGAUUUUGCAUAUGAAAUUUUUGCAUUCACCCCAAAUACAGUUAAUGAAUUGUAAUUAUUAGGUAAUUUCUGGUGCACUCAUGAUGUCACAUAUCCAAGAAUGUUAUAACCAGGAAGUCACAAACUUUUCUCUUGAUCUGUUCUGCACAAACUGUUAAUAUGCUCUCAGUGGAUUUUAAAAUCUGGUCACUGAUCAUAUUUUGGAGUCUUUCAUUCCCCUCACAAGAUUCCAUUAACGUAUCAUGAUUGCGCUCCAUAAUAAAGAAAUUAUCUACUGUACUAUUUGGAUAAGAAUUUUGAUGUGCCGUUAGACAUUUUAUCCUAAUUUAUAAUCACUGAGUCUGUCGAGUAUAAAGCAAAUGGAACUGUCUCUGAAUGCCAAAGCUUCUCUGCUA